AUGGAGCUCAGAUCACUCAUCUCACAUAUCAUCCUCCUGUACAGAUUAAUUUAGAGCCAGCCUGCGGAUUCUCUCUCUGUCUGUCCUUAUUUCAUUUCCGUUUUCUGAGAUCUUCGGACGUGUCCCUCCUCUUCAUCUGUCCGUCACCAGCCGCUUUCCUCUGACUGUCAGCGGGGACAGAGGAGAAUAAAUCCCGCUGAAAAACACUCAUUUUCACCGAGCUUUGAUCCGGAUAGACAGAAAGACACACCUUCCCUCUGGAUCACCCGGUCACUAAAGGUACUGCCGUCAACAUGGAUGAAGACAAUCACGUUCCUGAGGAUCUGUCUCUGGAGGAGAGGGAUGAGCUGUCCAACAUCCGACGCAGGAAGAGAGAGCUGCUGGACGAUAUCGAGAGGUUAAAGUUUGAGAUCGCAGAGGUGAUGACGGAGAUCGAGCAGCUGACGUGUGUCGGAGAAAGUAAAACCUCCCAGAGAAACAAACAGAUCGCCAUGGGCAGGAAGAAGUUCAACAUGGACCCAAAAAAGGGAAUCCAGUUCCUGCUGGAGAACGACCUCCUCCAGAACACCCCCGAAGACAUCGCCCAGUUCCUCUACAAAGGCGAGGGCCUCAACAAGACCGUCAUCGGAGACUACCUGGGCGAGCGGGACGACUUCAACAUCAGGGUGCUGCAGGCAUUUGUGGAGCUUCACGAGUUUGCAGACCUGAAUCUGGUUCAGGCGUUACGGCAGUUUCUGUGGAGUUUCCGUCUGCCAGGUGAAGCUCAGAAAAUCGACCGUAUGAUGGAGGCGUUUGCGUCGCGGUACUGCCAGUGUAACCCCGGAGUCUUCCAGUCCACAGAUACGUGCUACGUGCUGUCCUUCGCCAUCAUCAUGCUGAACACCAGCCUCCAUAACCCUAACGUCAGAGACAAGCCUCCCGUGGAGCGCUUUAUCUCCAUGAACAGAGGCAUCAACGAGGGAGGAGAUCUGCCCGAAGAGCUACUCAGGAACCUCUACGAAAGCAUCAAAAACGAGCCCUUUAAGAUCCCAGAGGAUGAUGGGAACGACCUGACGCACACGUUCUUCAACCCCGACAGAGAAGGCUGGCUCCUAAAGCUCGGCGGCCGAGUGAAGACGUGGAAGAGACGCUGGUUCAUCCUGACCGACAACUGCCUCUACUAUUUUGAAUACACCACGGACAAAGAGCCUCGUGGGAUCAUUCCUCUGGAGAACCUCAGUAUCAGAGAGGUGGACGAACCCAGGAAGCCUAACUGCUUCGAGCUGUACAACCCCAACCACAAAGGUCAGGUGAUCAAGGCCUGCAAGACGGAGGCAGACGGCCGCGUCGUCGAGGGCAACCACGUGGUUUACAGGAUAUCAGCGCCGACGCCGGAGGAGAAGGAGGAGUGGAUCAAAUCCAUCAAAGCGAGCAUCAGCAGGGAUCCUUUCUACGACAUGCUGGCCACCAGAAAGCGGAGGAUAGCCAAUAAGAAAUGAUGACUGUCCACCUUCAACCACACACCUGCAGCACCACCACAACCGUGACCAGCAGAGUCCUCCUGUGUGUUUUUGUGUGUGUGUGUGUGUGUGUGUGAGUUUCAUGAGAUGGGGUUCCCGUUGGUUUGAGGAGCAGCAGACAGCCAGCUGGGAGUUUAUCAGACCUGAAGAUGGUCUGCACCUCAGAAUCAGCUCUGGAGGCUGAAGGUCUCAGACUCAGAACAGUGAUGAAGACAGACAGAUGGAGGACUGCAGCCAUGAGGAGGAUCAGAGGAAGUGAGGACAUCGUCCUCUGCUGGACGCACGAGGAAUUACAUCCAAGGAGGGAAACUUGUCUUUGUUUGACGAGGACCGACUCACCCGCUGUCUGCCAAUAAACUCCCAGGAAACAUCUGAUGAUCUUCACCUUGCAUGUCCUUCGAACACUGCCAACACAAUGUUUUUUAUCCUCCUGAGAUGACAGGAAGCCUCAAACUAAAGAAUCAGCUGGUCUGAUUGUUUCUGACUGUUUUCUGUUUAUGCAAACACAACAAUUUAUUCCACAAACUCAUUGACUUCAUCCACAGCCCCUUAUUUCCUCUCUGAGAAAAUCAGAGCAGGUUGAGAAAUAAAUAGACAUAUAUCAAGUUUUAAAAAGCUACAAAUAUCCCAUAUUAAUUGUCAUUUUGUAUUGAAGAUCAGCUGUGAUCCUGUUUGUUUCUGUUGUAUUUAUUUUCUGAAUUUGUUAAACAAAAGAGGCAGCCCCCCAGUUUUACAUGAUGCAUGUAUAGGAUAUGUUGUACAUAAUGUUUUUUUCUUCUUUGUUGUGUUUCUGUAAAUCCUGAUCACCUUUCAGUUCAACGGCUGACAGUUUACAGCAGAGGAGGAGGGCGUUUGUGCAGUGAAACCUCCUCACACUGUUAUUAUUACUGAGGAUACAUUAUGAUAUUUGGGAGACAUGAGUAUAGGAAAUCAGCGGGUUAAAAACACCAAUGAAAAAUAAGGUGAAACUAAAGAGAAACUGGAAUUUUCACAAGUCCAGUCAUGUGAAUCUGAGGAAGGAUUUUCCAAACUGAAAUCGAGACCACAUGCAGCCUCAUCUGUUGUUAGUAGAUGUUAGGAUUUUUUAAAAUAUGGCUCCAUCUCAGUUUGGGAAAACUGCUCCUGAACACUUUGACAAAGACUUUUGAAUAAAAUGGCGUGCUAAUCAGAGAACAGUUUGUGUUUGUGUGCAUAGGAAUUCAGUGAAAACGUACCAGCUCUUUGGUUAUUUCAGACACUGAAUCAAUCAUCAGCUGAGAAUUGUGUGUGUGUAUUUAACUUAAGUUGAAUAUACAUCAUUAAUGUAACUGGAGAAGAAAGUUUGGAUACAAUCAGUCUCUUCCUGCUUUAUGAUACAGAGACAGACGGAGCUUUUCAUUCACUUCACUGCAGCUUGUUAACAAAGAGCAAGAACAGAUUACGAUUUGUGACAUGAACGAAUGUAUUUUAAGGCGUUUACCUUUUACAAUGUAGAAAUUCUGACAUGCUAAACUAAAAACGGUAAAACAGCAGUUUCUCAACUUCUGUCUAAAAAUCAAACAAAAACCAUACUCCUCGUUCCCACCGUGUGUCCGGAGAAUAUGGUUAAAUUAACAUGAAAUCUUUUUCUAAAAACCAAACACCUAUUGUAACCCUGAUACAGGAUCUUUACGUAUAAAAGUAACUGAUAGUACAGUUCAACUUAAAUUCACAGUAUUUUUAUGACGCUAGAAGACACAAACUGUAUUUUCAUUAAAAAGCAAACACAAAUGGUCCACAGCCGUGAUGACAGAGUCUCAGUUUUUUAAAAAGAAACAGAAUAUGAGAGAGAUAGAGAGAGAGAGAAAGAGAGAGAUAGAGAGAGUGAGGCAUGAUGGAUCCGUGAAAAAGUUUAAAAACGACAGAGUGAAUCUUCGGCUUCAGAGCAAAAACAUGGAAACUAAGAAAGAAAAGAAAGAAGCUGGGAAAUGUCCUCAAGUCUGUCCAGGGUUCAUGUGGAGGUAUCAGUCAAGUGUUUGUCCCAGUGCUCCCAGUGGGACCACAGAAGAAGAAACUCACUGUAAUGACAUCUUAUUAAACGACGU